AUGGGGUCCAUUAAUAAUUGGUUGGGAUUUUCUCUCUCUUCUCCUGCAACUUCUCCUCGCUGUACACAGUCAUCUUCUUCACAGGGAUUAGGGUUUGAUGGUGGUUUCAGUCUCGCAUCGGAGAGCUCCUCUGUUGCAGCAGAUGAUGGCCACUUCAAUAUUUUGGACGUCUUAAGUGGAAACCCUAGAAACCAAGAAUGGGUCGACGAACGCUCAACUCUAAAAUCAAGUUUGGUGAAUUCUUCAGAUAUCUCCAUGCCCGCUGAGGACACAACCGAUCCAUUUGCACCUUCAACAUCUACAUUUAAUGACCUAAACAGUGGCUCCUCUAACAUGGAUACCAAAAGGGGGCCAAAGUUGGAGGACUUUUUAGGGGGAGUCACGUUUAGAGAAAGCGGGACUGACGCGUUAACCUCCGGUAUUUUCCGGCCAAUUCAGCCAUCACAGAGUUUUUCUGGCGAGUAUUCCACCCAGAAGGCAAUCGGAUUAUCGAUGAUCAAGUCCUGGCUAAGGGAGAAUCCGGCCAAAGAGGUCACCGGAAAUUUGAAUAAUAAUCUACAGUCGCUAACUUUGUCGAUGGGAACGGGGUCGAGCCCUGGUGUGAAUGGUGAGAAUGCAGCUAGUUCUUCCUCUAUGGAGAGUGAGAGAAACAGGCCUCCUCCUCUUGAUAGCCAAACUGGUGCAGUAGAGGCUGUGAAUGUGAGGAAGCCAGUUGAUAAUUUUGGGCAGAGAACUUCCAUUUAUCGUGGGGUUACAAGGCACAGAUGGACGGGUAGAUAUGAAGCACAUCUUUGGGACAACAGUUGCAGGAGAGAGGGCCAAACCAGAAAGGGACGCCAAGUCUAUCUAGGCGGUUAUGACAAAGAAGAAAAGGCAGCUAGGGCUUAUGACUUGGCUGCUCUCAAGUACUGGGGCACUACUACCACUACAAACUUUCCUAUCAGCAAUUAUGAGAAGGAGCUGGAGGAGAUGAAGCACAUGACCAGGCAAGAAUAUGUGGCAUCUCUUAGAAGAAAGAGCAGUGGAUUUUCCAGAGGUGCAUCAAUUUAUCGUGGGGUUACAAGGCAUCAUCAGCAUGGAAGGUGGCAAGCUAGGAUUGGAAGAGUGGCAGGGAAUAAAGAUCUUUAUUUGGGCACUUUCAGUACCCAAGAGGAAGCAGCAGAAGCCUAUGAUAUUGCGGCCAUUAAGUUUCGAGGACUAAACGCAGUCACCAACUUCGACAUGAGCAGGUACGAUGUGAAUAGCAUUCUUGAGAGCAGCACUUUGCCCAUUGGUGGUGCAGCAAAGAGACUAAGAGACACUGAGGUAAACUCAGAGCCCAAUUUAACAAGAACAAGGGGAGAGAUAAUGGUGCCUCAAGGCUCAAACUUCUUACUGGAUAGCAUCAACUGCUAUGGUGGAAACUUAUCUGCAUAUGGGUCUCAACAUGGUCAUCAUCAUGCAUCUCAACAAGGCCAUCAUCAUUCAUGGCCCAUCAUGACAUACCAUGCCCAACCUCAGCCUCUUUUGGUGCAACACCCCUACCAUGCAACAUCAAGAGCAUGGUGCAAGCCUGAUAAUGGUGAUGGCCAUGCCCGUGAUACUAACAUGCUUGGGCUUCAGUACCAUCACCAUGACAUGAUGAGGCCAUCGUCUUCUCACCCUAACCUGGCUGUUGCUCAUAACAUGAUGGCCAUGGAUGCACUAGAUGCCGGAUCGAAUAUGUCGACCAACAUGGUUAUGAUGCCUUCAAGCUCGUCUUUUGGCGGUGAUCAUGGUGCCCAUGAGCAUAGGCAUGACCAUCAUCACGCUUAUAUGCAGGAUAACCAACAAGGGAACGAGUAUAAUCAGGCUGAGCAAAUGGCUGGGAUUCUCAAGGAGGACUAUGAUCAGAGUGCAGGACCCGGAAACUGGUCGACUGGUUUCAUCCAACCGUCAGUAUUUACAGUUUGGAAUGAUGCAUGA